AUGAAGCGCAAGGUCCGGACGGUCUCUAAACGUCCCUCAAAGCCGGCUUUAAAGGUUGAAACCGACCAAAACGGCCAUGCGGACGGCAAGAUGAAUGCCAACAUCGAAAUGCGUAAGAGGGACUCCUCUGUGGAGUCCUCGAACUCCCGUGUGUCCCGCCUCAUGCAACAACCUAGCUUCUCCCUGGACCAUGAUCCCCCAAUAACCCCGCAAACCCCGGCCCUGACUACGACCAGUUUCGCGAAUCUGCCUAGCAGCGACCGACGGAACUUUCUGUUGCUAUGUGUACUAUAUUUCCUUCAGGGUGUGCCUAUGGGGUUGGCGACAGGGUCGGUGCCAUUCCUAUUAAAACCGUAUCUAUCCUACGGUCAAAUUGGUGUCUUCUCACUCGCGUCCUAUCCCUACUCGCUGAAACUUCUGUGGAGUCCAAUUGUCGACGCGGUAUGGAGUCGAAGAUUUGGUCGCCGAAAGAGUUGGAUUACCCCGAUCCAAGUCAUUGCGGGACUGGCGAUGAUCUAUCUAGGUGGACGUAUCGGGACUAUGAUGGAGGACGCGGGCGCCAAUGGUGGCGCAGGUGUCUGGAAUUUCACAAACUGGUGGUUUUUGCUUGUGUUUUUCUGCGCUACGCAGGAUAUUGCAGUCGACGGAUGGGCUAUUACGCUCAUGUCACCGCCAAAUAUCUCAUAUGCGUCCACCGCGCAGACGGUCGGGUUGACAGCUGGACAUUUCUUAUCAUACACAGUGUUCCUGGCAUUCAAUUCUAAGGAUUUCGCAAACCGCUGGUUUCGAUCGAUUCCCGCGGAAGAGGGUCUUUUGUCACUGGGUUCGUAUCUGAAGUUCUGGGGCUGGGCAUAUCUGGUCGUGACUAUUUGUCUGGCUGUUAUGAAAAAGGAAGACAAGACUCAUGAGCGGGACAGUAUCAUGGACGUGUACCGAAGCAUGUGGAAUGUGCUGAAACUGAAGAAUAUCCAAACCAUAAUAUUAGUUCACCUGAUCGCCAAGAUUGGCUUCCAGGCCAACGACGGCGUGACUAGCUUGAAGCUCUUGGACAAGGGCUUCGGUCAGGAUAACAUGGCCCUUGUGGUCCUCAUCGACUUCCCAUUCGAAAUCUGCCUGGGUUACUACGCCGGCAAGUGGUCCACCGAGUAUACCCCAAUGCGCCUGUGGUGCUGGGCAUUUGUGGGCCGCUUGGCGGCCGCGGUGUUGGCUCAGGCCACCGUGAUGAUCUUCCCUUCAGGAACCGAGGUUCCCUUUUGGUAUCUGUUGGCAGUGAUUGGAGAGCAUGUUGUCUCGACGUUCAUGAACACUGUCAUGUUUGUCGCUGUUUCUGCUUUCCACGCCCGCAUUGCCGACCCCACCAUUGGGGGAACCUACAUGACUAUGUUGGCAACGGUAUCGAAUCUUGGCGGUACAUUUCCUCGAUAUUUUAUCUUGAAACUCGUGGACAUGUUCACGGAGGCAAACUGUGUACCUCCCUCUGCACCACCACCAACCCAUGAACUGAAAGGUGAUCUGGUCACGUCGUCGUUCUCUUGUGCCUUGGAACCAGACAAGGUACGCUGCGUCAACGGUGGUGGCACAUGCAAUACCAUCCGGGAUGGCUACUAUACUACGAACGUUAUAUGUGUGCUAAUCGGCACCAUCACUUUCAUACUGUUUAUUAAACCGGCAGUUUUGAAGCUGCAAAACCUACCUCUCCGGGCGUGGCGCGUAUCCCCUACUAGCCGCUAG